UAAGCCAGUGUUUUGUGGUGGCGGUAAGACAUCAUAUGGAGCAUGGAGGAAAAGAGCACCUAGUUCAUAGCUGUUUCUGUUUUCCAGUUGAUUAAAGUGCUUUGAAACUGAUGCCUGAGGAACUGACCAGGUGACAUCAUCAUAACACAUAUUAGUUGUGGCUGAAGCCGCAGAAGCCUUGAAAGCUGCUUGAAAUGAAGUGGAACAGAUUGCAAUGGACAACAGGGAGGAUAUUCGGAUCUUGCUGACCUGGUCUGGACAGUUAUCGAGGGUUUCUGGAGAGCAGACAUGUCUCUGAGGCAAAUCUUCCAAAGGAUUGUGGCGUGACAAGGUGUGUGAAGAUUCCAAUGUGAGGUGGAUUAAUGAAGCUGCAGCAAUGGGAUGCAGUUCAUCUGCUGCUAUAGAGAAGCAUUCACAACAGUUGGACGAAGCCGUUAAGGCCGCCACACUUAUUCAGCAGUGGUAUCGCGGUCAUUCUGCACGGAUGGAGAUGAAACAACGUUACACAUGGAGCAUUUUUCAAUCCAUUGAGAAUGCUGGAGAGCAGGACCAACUGCAGCUGUCGCAGUUCUUCACUUUUCUGAUGGACUAUUAUAUCCAUCAUUGUGCAGAGAUGAAAACGACAAAAUACAGUGUAUUUUCCCAUCUAUUACAUCCAUCACAGGGUUCGAGUGACAGGAGAGCGUUAGACCACAUGCCCGAAGUUACCAAAGUUCCCAGUUCCUAUACGGGACCACAAAUUUCGUUUCCUCUUAAAGUUUCAGAUGUCAGUACUUUGCUGAAAGCAUUCAAACAAGGGAAACAGCUUCACAGUUGGUAUGUGCUACAGCUUCUGCAGGCGACCAAGAACAUUUUGAAAACAUUGCCAAACAUUAACCGACUUUCAACCCAUUACUCCAAGGAUAUAACAGUUUGUGGAGAUUUACAUGGGCACCUGGAUGAUCUGCUUCUAAUAUUCCACAAGAAUGGCUUUCCUAUGCCAGAGAAACUGUACGUGUUUAAUGGAGACUUUGUUGACAGAGGGGAAAAUUCCGUGGAGGUUAUAAUUAUCCUGUUUGCAUUUUUACUGAUCUAUCCAAACGAUGUCCAUUUAAACAGAGGAAAUCAUGAAGAUUAUGUUAUGAAUAUAAGGUAUGGUUUUAAAAAAGAAGUUUUGAAUAAGUACAAGUUACAAGGGCAAAAAAUCCUUCAGGCUUUCCAAGAUGUGUUCAGAUGGCUGCCACUGGCAACAAUUAUUGACUCAAGGGUGCUGGUGGUCCAUGGUGGGAUCUCGGACACAACUGACCUGGGGUUCCUGGCUUCAUUACAAAGAUAUAGGUUUAAAUCUCUACUCAGGAUGCGUAAAACUAUAUCAAAGGCUGAAGAAGCCUGUUUAAAGCAAGAAAUAUCAAAGAUGCUUGGCAGUGAAGUGCCGCUGGAUGACCCUAACUACAAUAAAUCGACACCUGGAAUGGCACCAUCUUCAUCAUCUCUCUCGAUGCCAACUAUAAGUGAAUCUCAUAGUGAUCAACAAAGCUUGAUUGAAGAUGGCAUAUUGUCAAGCUAUUCAGAGCAACAGCCGGAUCAAAUGGUGAAUGAUAACAAGCACCAGGUGACUCAGAAUGAUCAGUACAGUGUCACCGGAAUUUUAGACCUGCCCUUCCUGGAUGAGGAGAUGGCAACGAGAGAAGAGCUGGAGUGGAAGCAGAUUGCAGACAUUCUUUGGAGUGACCCUAGAAGCAAAGCUGGUUGCUUCCCCAAUUCAAUCCGAGGAGGAGGCUGUUACUUUGGUGAAGAUGUAACAACAAAGUUGUUCAGAAAGUAUAAGUUAAAGUUACUCAUAAGAUCACAUGAGUGCAAACAGGAUGGCUAUGAAGUGUGUCACCAUGGAAAGGUUAUCACCAUAUUUUCUGCCUCUAAUUAUUAUGAAAUGGGCAGCAAUCAAGGAGCAUAUAUCAAACUUGGUCCUGAUUUGGUUCCUCGGUUUGUCAAAUAUCGGUCUAAUAAAUCUACAAAGAAGCUGACUCUUCAACAAAGAGUGAAUGUGGGUGAAGAAACUGCCCUGAAAGCGUUGCGUGAAAAUCUGUUUAUAUAUCAAUCUGAAAUUAUUACUGCCUGCAGAAGCUUCGAUCCGGGUAAUACAGGGGGGAUUUCAUCCAGUGAAUGGGCCUCGGCUGUGGAAUCGGUUCUACAUUUAAAUCUACCCUGGAGGACCUUGCGGCCUAGACUGGCAAAGAUCAAAGCUAAUGGAAGUGUGGAUUACCUCUCCACCUUUCGAGAUCUUCAGUUCAAGCAACCCCUGAACGAGGCUCAGCCAGGUUUGAUUGAAGCCGUGUACAGGCAUCGUGCAGAUCUGGAAAUCGUUUUUGGAAUGAUUGAUAAAGAUCACACAGGAUUGAUCUCCAUGGAGGAAUUCCAGCAAACCUGGAAACUCUUCUGUUACCAUAGAAACAUCCGUGUGGAUGAUAGCUCUAUGGAUGACCUGGCCCGGAGCAUUGACUUCAACAAUGAUGGCUUCAUAGACUUCAAUGAAUUUCUGGAGGCAUUCCGCCUGGUGCAGAUAGACAAUGAAUGAAAUUGUACAGUGACUGUAAAUACUGAGGAAGAGCAAUUGCCUGAAAAGCAGUUUGCCGAACUUCAGAUUUAGUCCCUUUGACAUUUUCAAGUUAAUGUAACUGUAAUAUAAAUAUAAUUCUUGUAAUAAAAAGGUUGAUUCAGUCCAGAA